UAUUUUCAUCUCAGUUUUCCAGUGUGUGGCAACCCUAAAGCUAAGCAAAACAAAAACAGAAAAGAAAUUUAAAAGGUCAUUGUUUAUCCGUAGAAGCGGCUAAAUUUGGAACGGAUUUUGAGUUGGAUAGAAGAGAAUGUCCAGCCCCUGGUUAAACCUAGUGGCUGCAGCACUGCUGCUGCUCCUCUGCCACCAGCAGACCUGUGACGCAGCAGUCACACAGGCGCCUCUAAAGGGGCAGGCCAACCCGGAGCAUAGUGCGCCGGUUGCCGCGGUCGAGCCCAAAAAGCAGUCGGUGAAGAAGGCGCAGCCCGAGGAUCCUCUGGCGGGUCCAAAGGAUUCAAUGGUGGUUGUGGACAAGGGGGGACCUGCUCCGUCUGCACCAGCAGUUCCUACAGCUCCGGCCGCUCCGGCUCCUCCAGCUGCUCCGGCCGCUCCGGCUGCUCCAGCUGCUCCGGCUGCUCCAGCUGCUCCUCCAGCUCCGGCUGUCCCAGCAGCUCCACCCGGCCCACUGCCGGCCCAUUCCACCGGAGACGAUGUGAAACAAUCACAUAUGAGACCUGAGAUGGACUUCCCCGGCCAGGCCGUGGUCUACAUCCUGGUGGGCAUCACCAGUACAGCCAUUCUACUGCUUGUUAUGCGGGUUUAUCGUCUGCGUUUGUCGAGAGCGGAGCGCAAGUACGGCGUGCAGGGCGACCGGGCCAACCAGGAGCUGACCCCACUACCGAUGGCCAUCGAGGACGUGAACAGCGACGAGGAGGACCACACCCUGUUCGAGGUCAAUCGCCAGAACAUACGCAUAUUAUGAAAUAGCAAACACGAGCACACGCCAAAGAUCCAAAGUUUGGCUGCACCGCCAUUUCCGACACCUCUCAGCAGAUCUUGCCUUAUUUCGUAGCUAUUUAAUGCUUUGUAGAUUUGCGCUGUAGCUGCCAGCCAAGUAGCCCACUAAGCCCACUAAUAACUAAGUUCUGUGCAUUUCUCCCACUCGCAGUUGGUUCAGGUUUAACGAAUCAAAAGGAAAACAAAACCACUUGUGAUAGGUAUGUCUAUAAGUACGAAGAUGCCGCUGAAGCCCUGAAGGCAUUAAAAAUCUCAAAAGUACCGAUGCUUUCAACUCGCCACUGCGUGGAUGUUCCAUAUUAAUAAAUGUUAUAUUAAAUGUA